ACUGUCAAUUGUCAAAAUAUAGAAUUAGAUUUGAUUUUGAUUUGAUUGUUGUUUAUUUUUAUGAAAGUGAAUAUAUAUUUCUAACAAAAUAAACAUUUAUUUCGAUUAUCCGCAUGUUGAAGCUAAUUGAUUGCUAAUAAUUUAUAACUUUAAGACGAACCGGAGCUCUUCUCAAAUGCAGAACAUAGCGAAAAUGAUAACUGAGCAGCUUCGCAACCCCAACGAGCUGGAUAUUAAUCUCAGAAUGGAGUUUGGACCUUUUGAAACUGUUCACAAGUGGAAAAGAAUGUCUGAGUGCUAUGAAUUUGUUGGAGCCAGACGAAGUAAACACACGGCCGUGGCAUACAAAGAUGCAUUAUAUGUAUUUGGAGGGGACAAUGGCAAGUCAAUGUUGAAUGAUCUCAUCCGGUUUGAUAUUAGAGAAAAAUCUUGGACUAAGAUGGGGUGCAUGGGAGGGCCACCAGCACCCAGAUAUCACCAUUCUGCUGUGGUACACAGAUCUUCAAUGUUCGUGUUUGGUGGUUACACGGGCGACAUCCUGGCAAAUUCUAACCUGACCAAUAAGAAUGACUUGUUUGAAUACAAGUUUCCCAGUGCACAGUGGGUACAGUGGAAGUUUACUGGCCAAGAACCAGUGCCCCGGUCAGCGCACGGGGCUGCUGUGUACGAUGACAAGCUGUGGAUCUUCGCUGGCUAUGACGGCAACGCGCGGCUGAAUGAUAUGUGGACUAUUAACUUAGUGGGCGAGAACCACCAAUGGGAGCGGGUAUCCCAGAAGGGUCAAUGCCCCCCGACCUGCUGCAAUUUCCCCGUAGCCGUCGCCCGAGGAAAGAUGUUCGUGUUCAGCGGGCAGAGUGGGGCGAAGAUCACCAAUGCACUGUUUCAGUUCGAUUUUGAAACACAUACUUGGAGCCGCGUGUGCACGGAGCACCUGCUGCGCUGCGCCGGGCCGGCGCCGGCGCGGCGGUACGGCCACGUGAUGGUGUCGCACGCGCGGCACCUGUACGUCUUCGGGGGAGCCGCUGAUAACACGCUGCCGGCCGACCUGCAUUGCUACGAUCUUGAUACCCAGAUGUGGUCUGUGGUCCAACCAGCGUCGGAUUCUCAAAUUCCCUCGGGUCGUUUAUUCCACGCGGGCGCAGUAGUUGGUGACGCUCUGUACAUAUUCGGCGGAACCGUCGACAACAAUGUGCGCAGUGGAGAACUGUUCAGAUUCCAGUUAUCGAACUACCCCCGUUGCACUCUUCACGACGACUUCGGCCGCGUACUGAAGUCCCAGCAGUUCUGUGACGUCACGUUACUGCUCGGUGCCGAGAAGACGCCAGUGCUCGCCCAUCAGGCCAUGCUCGCGGCUCGCUCUCAGUACUUGCUGUACAAGAUACAAGAAGCGCGCGAAGAACUAGCCAAGAAAAUAGCUUCAGGAGAAGAAAAACCUUCAGAGGUAUACUCGUACAAGGCCAAGCCCCAACUCACGAUAAGACUCCCCGAGGCUACACCAGAAGCAUUUCAGAUGGUGCUGAACUACAUCUAUACGGAUAGGAUUGAUCCGACUGAAAAAGACGAGGACCCGGCCUCCCCCGCGACGAUCCUGCUGGUGAUGGAGGUGCUGCGGCUGUCGCUGCGCCUGAGCAUCCCGCGGCUGCUGGGGCUGUGCGCGCGCUACCUGCGCGCCAACCUGUGCGCCGGCAACGUGCUGCCCGCGCUGCACGCCGCGCACCACGCCGGGCUCGCCUGCGUCAAGGAGUUCUGUCUCAGAUUCGUAGUAAAAGACUACAACUUCACUCCGAUAGUGAUGUCGACAGAGUUCGAGGCUAUGGAGCAGAGUCUGAUGGUGGAAGUGAUACGGCGGAGGCAGCUGCCGCCCGCGAAACUGCCCAACGCGCAUCAUGAGUGCGACGAAGAAAUACAAGGCACAACUCUAGAGCAAGAUAUGUGCGUGUUUAUGACCGGGGGCGGCGCUGAAUUGUCUGAUGUGAAGCUAAGAGUGGGGGGCGCCCUUCGACCCGCGCACCGCUCGAUAUUGGCCGCUAGGGCCGCAUACUUUGAGGCCAUGUUCCGCUCAUUUUCCCCACAUGAUAAUAUUGUCAAUAUUCAAAUCUGUGACACGGUGCCUUCCGAAGAGGCUUUCGACUCGCUGCUCCGCUACAUCUACUACGGCGAUACAAAUAUGCCCACUGAGGAUUCCCUGUAUCUCUUCCAGGCGCCUAUUUAUUACGGAUUCACCAACAACCGUCUGCAAGUGUUCUGCCAGCACAACUUGCAAAGCAAUGUGUCCCCGGAGAACGUGCUGGCCAUACUGCAGGCUGCCGACAGGAUGCGAGCCUCCGACAUCAAGGAGUACGCUCUCAAGAUGAUCGUGCACCACUUCGGACAGGUUGCAAGACAAGACGCCAUCAAGAACUUGGCCCAGCCAUUACUCGUUGACAUCAUAUGGGCUCUAGCGGAGGAGCCCCACUUUGACAUCCCCCUCCCGCAGCAGCCCCGCUCCCUGCCCUCGUCUGCGUCCGCAGACACGCUGACUGACGACCCUGACUAUACCAGACACAGGUCAGGGAAGUCAUAGGGUUUGGUCAAACACCGGAGAAGUAAAUCUUCUGAGGAUGGUGCUAGGCGUCGACGUGUGCGCGUCAAAUGCAUCAAUGUGUCUGUUUAAUGCUACGUAUUUGUAGCUACGAAUACUUCAGUACGGAAGUGUAGUGGCGAAUGUGUGAUGUGAUACGGCUGAGUAGUGUGCUGUGUUGAAUGUGUGCUACGGAUGUGUAGCUUGCUACACGUUAAUGUGGCUUUGGCGUAUCUCAAGGAGUGAUGGAAAGGAAUAACAUGUGUGUAUGUCUCAUAAGCAUAUUUUUUAUUUAUUUAUCUGCUUGUAAUUUUUUGUAAUCUCAAUAAUUGCAGGAUCGAUCAGUUAUAAAAUCUUUUUGAUAAUAAUUUGUGUUGGUAAUAUUAUAAUUCUUUUAAUUACUGAUGAAGAUGAAACAAAACGUCCCUUGAACAUUUUAUAUAUUUAAUAUAUGUAUGUUAACAUAUUAACAAGAGUAUUAUACACCCUUUAUAUUUUAUAUAAAUAUAAAAGUAAUUGAUUAUUAAUAAGGACACAUAUUUAUAAAAUCAAGUUCUUUGUAUAACCUUAUAUGUAAGUAGGAGUGUAAUUUUAUGGAUUAGGAUUUAAAGAAGAAUUUUACAUUAAAAUUACUAAUUAUUAGGUGUCUAAUAUUAUAAUUGGUGGUUAUGAUAAUAUUUUAAACCUAAACCUAACCAAAAACUAUUAAUAUUGGCAAAAAACUAAAUUCAUAUAUUUAUUACAUUCUCAGGAAGGUCGUUCCAUUCCAUAACUUUGUUGAAGAUUUAUCUUAUACUUAACCAUACAAAUGGUAUAAUACCAUGGACAAGAAAUGCUUUAUGGAAGACUCAAGUGGUCUUACUUAGUCUUUAAAAUCUAGUCAUUGUUAAAAAAUAAUAUUAAAUUGUUAAUUGUUAAUGUGUAAUAAAAUUUGUGUUUGACGCUUUACGAGCGUUGGUGGUAGAAUCGGUAAGGUGCCCUAUUAAAAGGCUUGAUGUGCAGAAAGGCACAGAUUCGACUCCCACCUCAGGCAUGUACGAUGUACAAUGACUAUUUUCAAAAGCUAUGUACAUUAGUUUCAAUACUAACAGAUGCUUUGAUGGUGAGGGAAAAUAUCAUAAAAAAACCUACACAUUCAGGAAACUGGAUGUGUAACCAUGAUUGAUCCAAUACAGAUUAGUUUCCCUGCAAAGGUUGUAGAGCUCAGAUGGGAGUCGUUUCAUGUAAAAACUUGACUCACCCAAUUCAGAGUCCAUUGUCAAAGGCAUUCCCUGGGCUCCUCUCCAGAGUGGUGGUGAGGAUGCAACCCGAACUAAAUGCCAGGAGGAAGGGAAUGUGUAUUAAUAUAAUAAUUAUAUGAUUAUGAUGAUCUUGUAUAAAAUAAAUUAUCUAAUUAUAUUUGAAUCAUAAAAUAAUAAAUUACAAUAUUUAAGUGGAGUAAUAAAAUAAAACAAGUUUUUAAUUACAUAUUCAAUAAAGAUAAUUUAAU